ACGCCCUCAUUUUUUUUGUAGUUGUUUAAUAUUUGUUUACUUUCUUGUUGAUAAUAAAAAUUAAAAUAAAUGUAGUUAUAUUUAAACCGGUUAUUAAUUGUUUCUCCUCUUGUUUUCUUCCUAUCAAAAUUCAAUCCUUUUCUCUUCCAUUCACUUUUCUAUGUAUUUCACAGUGACGAUGUUUAAUUCAAAACAUUAUCAACAGACGCAUCUUUGCCAUUACCAUCAACAUCAUCAGAAUCAUCACCAUACCUUGAACCUCUAUCUUAAUCAUCGCCAUAUGAACCAAUUUGUUUAGACUUGGCCAAUUUCUUUCUCACCUUUCCUUUCUAUCAUUUUGCUUUUCUCCUGUUUUUUUAUUGUUGGUAUAGUUUUCUUUAAUAUCUUUACCUAUUUUACCCAUUGUUUUUAUUCAUUUUUGUCCCCCUUCCUUUAUUCAUCUAUUUAGCCCAAUUAUUUGUUAACAAUUGUUUUUUUCUUACUUUUUCAACCAUAUCAGAUUUUUAUUGUUUAUUAUUUAUGCUGUACAUUUCAACAUUGGUAAUAUCCUUAGGCCUUCAAUUACAAUUAUGAUACUUUCGGCUGGAGAAUUGGGUUCCGAUUGAAAAAAAGUAAACUUGUUACUGCAACACCCAUCAUUUGAAGUAUACAAGGACAGAAGAGAAACUCAACUAUCACAGUGUGACUAUUGCAUCCAGGAAGCAUCAACAAUUUCUAUUGGAAACCAAAGAUAAACUUGUUUUCUUUCAAAUCAUCCUGUAGCCUACUAAUUAGCAAUGCAACGUCUUCGCCGUGCCUCAUUGAGAAAUUCACUUAUGAAUAACUCUAAUAGUGAACCUAGGCAUACUUUCAAAUCAUAUGUGAAUCACUUCAAAGAGGAGGAAGAUGAUGAGCCCGUUGAAGAAAGUAUAGUUAAAAUUAAACCUCCAAAAAAUCCUCCAAAAUUACCAGAAGCUCCGCAACCUACUUUUAGGGGAUAUCUCGACGAGCAAAGUUUCGCAUCAUCUUUUGACGAAAGAGAUCACCCUGACAGUCAAGGUGCUGCUGGUAAUGCUAGUGGAAGUGGAUCUGGAGGACUAGGAUCUAAAAAUUUCAUUUCAUCAUCAGCUGCCACUUUAAGUAGACUAACUCUAUCUCCAUCUACGAAAUCGUCCUUUACUUUACCUUCCGAUGAAGACGGCAUCGACUUGAAUUCAUUGGGACCUACAAGAUCUCCAUCAUUCAAUGUUUGGACCGAUUUCAGGGCUAAUGAAGCAAUUAUAGCUAAACCUGUCGACUCUGUGAAAAGAUAUAAUCUUCAAAUUAAACGUUCCAAGGGAACCAUUGGACAGCUUCUCCUUAGUAAUCGUCGUUUGAAAUUUAUUGAUUAUCAUCAUGAGAUUCAGCUAGACUUAGAAAGAAGGAAAUCGUUUAAUGAAACCUCAUUUGCCUCACUUCCACCAACCAAUGUUAAUUUUCCAGCAAUAACAUCUAAAACAACAGACUUAAAUGAUUCAUCUUCCAACAACAUUAGUCUGAAUCCUGGUUUUUAUUCAAAUACCAUGAUCAGCACCAGUAGUACUGGUCCAUCAAGUAAAGGUACCUUGUCUUCCUUACGUUUACCGCCCUUUGAUAUUCAUCCAGUAUCUGAAGAGAACCGUGAAAUACAUGAACAGGAUAUUGACCUGAUGAAUAUUUACCAAGUUCGGAUUGAACAAGAGGGCCAGGACACCCAUUUAACAGUAUUUUGUAAUGAUUUUCGAAGUAUUGAGUUCCAAAUGAAGAAUAACGAUCUAGUCAAAAAUUUGGUUGACAAAUUGGAACAAUUGAUUACUGUCUUGAGGGCUUCAACCGUAGUGUCAGCAAGUCCUUUCAAUGUACGGAAUUUGCCGGAAAGUGCCUUAUUGUGGACACUAUUAGCCAAUCAAUACUCAUAUCAAUUCCCUCAGGAUUGGAAUCGCCACGAGGGAUAUUGGAUGUCACUUAAUGAAUCCCUUCGAAUUGCCCACUGCAAUGAGAAUCACAAUAUGUGCCCUUCCUUGCCGGUUUCUUUCAUCAGUUUGAGUCACUAUCUUUCAGAUAUUACAUUGAUCCAUAGUUUAUCACCUCAUCUUAAUGGAAAUCGUGUUCCUGUUAUAACCUAUUGUCACAAAUCUCGGAUCAAGGAAUCCCGACAAAAUUUACUCCUUCGCUGUUCAUCAUUUAAAAUGGAUGUUACAAAUAUACUUUACAGUGCUUUUAGACCUUUAAAUAUUGUUGAAGUUAGCAAUUUGCUUCCUCCGUUGACCAAAUUAGAAUCAGCAUAUUAUAAUCUAAGGAAAUCUUGUUGCUACUAUGCAGAUAAAUUUCCACAUUUUUUAUCACAGACUGGAAAAUGGGUUAAAAUUGUUGCGCGAGUCCUUACCGUUGUCAAAGAAAUGUCACAAAUUCUCGCAGAAGAAUCAUCUUUAUUAAUUAUUGAAGAAAAUGAUGACCAUUACAAUCCUAUCCUCUCAGCGCUACUUCAAAUAGUAUUAGAUGAGAAGCGUCGAUCAAUUUCUGGUUUUGAAAGUUUAAUCAGUAAAGAGUUCCUGUUUCUCAAUGGAAUGGUUCACAAUUCAAUUGUUCGAUCUCCUGAUAUUGUUUUAUUUACAUUGUUUCUUGAUGCUGUGUGGCAAUUAAUAUGUCAAAAUCCAUAUCAUUUUGAGUUUUCAUCACUUUAUUUAAUUCGUUUAUAUGAUCUGCAAACAAUUCCAGUACGGAAAGAUGAACCACUUACACUCGAAGUUGAUAAUUUUCAACCAACUGGUAAACCAGUUUCAAAUGCGUGGUCAACCUCAAUCAUCUCUUCAAUUGCCGUGGCACCCAGCAAGCCAGUAACACAAAAUUCAGUUCAUCAAACUGGACACAAUACACCGUCUACUAAAUCUGCUUAUCAUUCACGCAAUCCAUCAAAUGUUAGCGUCUUAUCAGUUCAAUCCCAGACCAUUCCUGAGAAAAUUGAAUUAUUGAGCAUCAAUCAAUUAAUGUUCAUUUACAACCCAUUAUACUUUGCCUCUAAUCCAGAUAAGAAAAUUGAUACUUUUUUAAGCAACAUGAGAAUUGAUAGUGAUCUAUUUUUGCUUAAAUUAUGGAGACCUUUAUACCUUAGAUGGCAUCCAUUGGAUAAUCAUCGACAAUACUAUAACUAUUUCCCUGUACCAGAAUUUGUUUAUUUUGAUUUUUUGUUGAACAAAUUUGACUGUAAACCCGAUUUUAAAGAUGAAAGCAUUGAAGAGGAAGUGAAACAAAGUUAUUUAUAGUUUUUUGUGCAUAAGAGAAUAAAUUUCUUCCAUCUUUAAUAACAUUCAA